CGCCAGUCUCGGCAGCAGCGGCCAGUGGAUACACGCAGUCAUGAGGAGAUUCGUGGUGUGUUGCCUACUCCUGGCGGUCGCGGGUCACGCCCUGGCCGGAGACCAGCCCCAGCACGAACAACAACAAGACCAGCAGCAGGACAUCAAGAACAACAACAAGGAGAAGCGUGGAGCACUCGGAGCCCCCGCCGUCGUCGAGCAGCACGCCGAGCAGGUCGUGGAGACCGUCGAGCAGCACGCCGUCGCCCCCGCAGUCCCCGCCGCAGCCUACGGCGUCCCCCACGGCUACGCUAGCCACGGCUACGCUGGCCACGGCUACGCCGCCCCCGCCCUGGGCUACGCUGCUCACGGCAUCGCUGCGCACGGCAUUGCCGCCCCCGCCUACGCCUACGCCCAGGGUGCCUACGCCCAGGGUGCCUACGCUCACGGCGCCCCCAUCGCCGCCUACGGGGGCCACAUCGGCUACGGCGGGCAGCUCGGCUACGCCGCCCACGGCCUGGUGCAGCAGCAGAACACCGUGAGCCACGUGGACCAGCACGUCGCCAUCCCCGUGCCGCAGGCUGUUCCCUUCACCGUCGACCGCCACAUCCCCGUGCCCGUGCCCCACGCCGUGCCCGUGGACCGCCCUCGCGCCGUGCCCGUGCCCGUGCCCCAGCCCUACGCCGUGCCCGUGCCCCGCCCCGUGCCCGUUGACGUCCCUCGCGCCGUCCCCGUCCCCCACCCCGUGCCUGUGCCCGUCAGGGUGGCCCACCCCGUCCCCUACAAGGUGCCCCACCCCGUGCCCGUCCAGAUCAACCAGGCCGUCCCCGUGCCCGUGCCCCAGGCCGUGCCCGUGCACGUCCACCAGCACACCGUCGCCACUCCCAUCCACGGCUACGCUGCGCACGGCUACGCCGGACACGGGUACGCCGGCCACGGCUACGGCGGCGCCCUCCUGGGCUACGGUGGUCUGAACCACGACCUCGGCCUGUCCCACGGCCUUGGCUUGUCUCACGGCCACGGCAUUGAGAUCGCCAAGUACGCGUCCCACGGCCCCGAGCUGUCCGACAUCGCCAUCAGCAAGUACGCCAGCUACAAGGGCCUGGACCACGACGACCACAGCUACUCCAAGUACUCCAGCUACAAGUCCCUCGGCGACGACAGCUACAACAAGUACUCCAGCUACAAGUCCCUGGGCGACGACAGCUACAACAAGUUCUCCAGCUACAAGGGCUCCGAUGACUACAGCAGCAGCAGCUACAGCAAGUACCCCAGCAAGGGCUACAGCAGCAAGCCCUACUCAUCCGACGAGGGCUACAGCUACCCCAAGCCCAGCGACGACGAGCUGCCCCUGAGCGGAGACUCGUACUCCUCCUACUCCUCCGGCCCCUCCGACAGCUACGGGCCCCCCGCCCUGGACAGCUACUCGCACACCAGCUCGGGUUCCUCCGGCUGGAAGCCGAUCCGAUCCCACAAGGGGAAGUACUGAGCAACAAUGCUGGGCUCGCCCGAGGCGACCCUCCUCCUGACUGAUGUGCCAACGCGGGUAAACUGGUCGAUGAAGUAGACAAACGCCAAAUCAUCCCUCAUUGUAGUAUAGUAUCAUGUCUCAUUUCACACCGCCAUUGUGUUGUUUUCUUUUAACUUUUUUUUAUUGUUAUUAUUUUGCGGUGUUGUCAAGCCAUCCUCAUCAUUGACGCUCAUGUAACUAGUCUUUGUAUUGUUAUGUUGUUGUUUUUGUUGUGUGCCUUGACUGUUGAUAGUGAACUGUGUAAUAAAGUGUAAAAAGCUUUCAUAA